CAUCCAACUUGCCUUAGUGUGAGCGUCUGCUAUCAAACGGCUAAGAAAGAUAAUUCACAUUCGCAUCCACGUGCAAAUUGCUUGCUUUUUAUAUAAUUCUGCCUACUGUUCGAGUGCACAAUGUCUUGGCUCUUUGGAUUAAGGAAGGACCCUGGGACUGUGGGUACAGCUGCAUCUCUUCCUACCGAAAGCAGUGGAGAUGACAGCACCGGACAACCGCAGAAUCAACAACCUCGUGGGAAUGCAGGAGGAGCACGGGCGUCAGAUGCCUACAGAUUUGAUUCUUCGGCCCUAGAACGAGCUGCGCAAGCAGCAAAAGAAUUAGAAAAGUCUAAAUUCGCCAGAGAUGCACUUGAUCUGACUAAGGCACAAGAACAAACCAGACAGCAAGAACAAUUAGCCAAGAUCAAGGAAUAUGAAGCUCAUAUUGAACAGUUGAAAGUAGAUCAAAAAAGAGUGGAUCAUGAAGAAAGAAGAAAAACAUUACAAGAAGAGACCAAGCAAAAUCAACAAAGGUCUCAAUACCAAGAUCAACUUGCACGCAAACGUUAUGAAGAUCAGUUGGUGCAGCAGCAAAGAGCCAAUGAAGAUAACUUAAGGAAACAAGAAGAAAGUGUUGCAAAGCAAGAAGCAAUGAGGAAACAAACUUUGGAGUAUGAAAUGGACUUGCGCUCCAAAACUGACAUGAAAAGACUUGAAGCUGAAAUGAGAGCUAAAGCUAAAGUUGACAGAGAAAAUCAAGAUCUAUAUUUAGAACAAAUUCGUCUUAAAGCUUCUGAAAAACGCACAACCGUUAUGGAGUCUAUCAAAACGGCUGGUGCCGUUUUGGGAACUGGUUUCAAUACCUUUCUUUCUGACUGGGACAAAAUAGCAGCAGCAGCUGCUGGACUAUCGCUACUUGCCCUUGGUGUUUAUUCUGCCAAAGGCGGCACCGGUGUGGUUGCUCGAUACAUUGAAUCUCGAAUCGGGAAACCUUCUUUAGUCCGUGAAACUUCAAGACUAAAUGUUGUAGAUACCAUCCGCCACCCUAUCAAAACCAUUAAAGCUAUCAAGGCUAAAUCAGAAGACGCAUUGUCCGGAGUUGUAUUGGAGCCCAAACUAGAAGAACGCCUAAGAGAUAUUGCAAUUGCAACAAAAAAUACAAAGCAAAACAAGGGAAUGUUCCGAAAUAUUUUAAUGCAUGGACCACCGGGCACAGGGAAAACUUUGUUCGCGAAAAAAUUAGCAAAACAUAGCGGACUGGACUAUGCGAUUAUGACCGGUGGUGAUGUUUCCCCAUUGGGUAGAGAUGGCGUUACGGCCAUACAUAAAGUUUUUGAUUGGGCAAAUGGAUCUCGUCGCGGAUUACUUUUAUUCGUUGAUGAGGCAGACGCGUUCCUACGGAAAAGAUCAUCAGAGAAAAUCAGCGAAGAUUUAAGGGCUACCCUUAACGCUUUUUUGUACCGUACUGGCGAGCAAUCCAAUAAAUUCAUGAUGGUUUUGGCGUCAAACACCCCCGAACAGUUUGAUUGGGCAGUUAAUGAUCGCCUAGACGAAAUGGUCGAGUUUAUGCUUCCAGGAUUGGAGGAACGCGAACGAUUAGUCCGACUUUAUUUCGACAAGUUUAUUUUACAGCCGGCAGCUGAGGGAAAGCGUCGGCUGAAAGUGGCUCAGUUUGAUUACAGUGCAUUAUGCACGAAGAUCGCACGUGACGUGGAAGGAAUGUCGGGUCGCGAAAUAGCUAAGCUUGGUGUGGCUUGGCAAGCAUCUGCUUAUGCAUCAUCCGACGGCAUUCUUACGGAAAAGAUGAUCAUGGAGAAGGUUAAAGAUGCAGUUCAACAACAUCGUCAAAAGGUGAACUGGCAAAGCGAAGAAGAAAAGGGUAACUCUAAAACAAUCAGCGUCAAGGCGUCUGGUUCUUCCUCCCAAAUUGGAGGUGAAAAAUCGUGAAAUAGAUCAAAGGGAUUUACAGUGGUGAAUGAUGAAACUUCUUGAACAAAUGUUGCAAUUACGGUUUGGCAUUUUACUGUUUGUCCGAUUGCUACCUUUGUUUGAUAAUAUAUUCCAUAUAUUAUGGACAUGGUUUCCUCAUUCCGAAUUGAAUAACUUUUGUUGUAGACAAUUAUUCGUUAUAAUAAAAUGUAGUGAGUUUCACUAUAAAAUUGGAA